AUGACUGAAGUGAUACCGAGGGACACAGUCUAUAUAAGAAACCUCAACGAGAAGGUUUCCAGGACCAAACUGGUUGCUGAGAUACGAUCAAAAUUCGGCAAGUUUGGCAAUGUCACGCACGUUUACGUCUCUCAGCGGAAUCUUGGGCUCAAAGGUCAGGCAUGGGUUAGUUUUGAACAGGUUGAUUCUGCUACAGCAGCACUGUACAGCCUCAACACGGAGUAUCUGUUUGAUAAACCCAUGGACAUAUACUAUGCGAAAGGUGACAGUUAUGAACUUCAAAAGAAGUCUCUAGGUGAUGCAGAGUUUCAAAAGGUUUUAGACGCGAAGAAAACCUCGAAUAGUGUCAAAAGACAGAAGCUUGAAAGUGGCACCAGGACUGGAAAAGCUGAUGGCGAGGGCAAAACCAAACCAAGAUUUAUUGAUAACAAGGAGCCCAAUAAGACGUUAUUGGUUCAAGGUAUUCCUAAGGACUUGGCUGAGGAAAAACUGGAAUCGACGUUUUCUGCUUUUGGUGGUUUUGUGGAGUUGAAGCUGGUAAGAAUCAGAGAUGUUGCGUUCGUGGAGUUUUCAAAAGAAUCAGAUGCUGUCCAGUGUAGGCAAAGUUUGGGUCAGAUAUUUGAGGUUGAUUCCAAGGAGAUUUUCAUUACUUUUGCGAAGAAAUGA